AGUCUCACCCCCCUCUCCCGUCAGCCGAGUGGUUUAUCCUUCCUCCUGCCAUGUUGGAUUGCGCUGCUGCCGCUGCUCCUGCAGGAGUUGUGAUGAAAGUUUAGCUUUUUGUCUGUUUAGGGACAUCCGGCGAUUUCAAGGAUCCGAUAAUAUUUGAUUUUUUUAAUUUUCUUUUUUCUAGUCUGCGCUUGAGCUCUGCACUGCUGAAACCUGAUUUACACCCGUUGGACUGGAAUAAAAAGCAUCCAUGAAAAAAUCCGCCAGAAGGCCACGCUAAUCAAUGACUAUUCAAAUAUAUGAUACGACGUACGGGAGAUUUACUGCUUCUUCCCAAUCUUAUUUUAUUCACACUAUUCAGCUACGAGAAAGGGAACGCGCAAAAUGAACAGUCAACAUCCUUCACAGACGCGGCGAGUCAACAAUAUUGGCUCGCUGCUCCUAACGCCCCAGGAAAAUGAAUGCCUUUAUAGUUACCUCGGCAGGAAGUGCAUCACGUUGUCUUCUGCAAUUGUUCAAGUAUAUGCAGCUGAAAGGCACUCUAUAUGGUCCAAGAAAUGUUGCGGAGUUGCAUGCCUUGUAAAGGACAAUCCACAGAGAUCUUAUUUUAUCAGGGUAUAUGAUAUUAAGGAUGGCAAGAUAUUGUGGGAGCAGGAACUCUACAGCAAUUUUUCAUACAUUAGCUCUAGAUCAUACUUUCAUACAUUUGCUGGAGAUUCAUGUCAGAUUGGACUUAAUUUUGCAAGUGAAGAAGAAGCAAAACGUUUCAGGCAAGCAACAUCAGAAUUACUUAAUAGGAGACAAAGAAGGACUGAAAAAAGACGUGACCCACCAAAUGGUCCAUCACUACCAAUGGCAACUGUUGACAUAAAAAAUCCAGAAAUUAUAAAUAUGAGGUAUAACCAUUCUCAAGUCAACAAUAUAAUGUACAGCCAUAAAAAAGACAAGAUAAAAGGAAAAGGUAAAAAGAAAAAGUUAACAAAAGCGGACAUUGGCACUCCCAGUAACUUCCAGCAUAUUGGUCAUGUUGGUUGGGAUCCAAACACAGGCUUUGAUGUAAGUAACGUAUUAUGUUAA